GUCCCACAGUGAGGAGUCAGGGAGAAUGCAGACCAGGGAGGUGACGGCAGGAAAGCAGUUGCAAUCAGGGAGCGUGAAGGAAUGAGGGUUCCUGUGGCAUAGGAAUCAGCAAGUACUUGGAGGGGAAAAGCAAGAGAGAAUGUGGGGCUCACUUCUCAACACUUCCUUUCUUUCUGGAGUCGUCUCCUCAAAUCCUGGUUGCCUGGGUAGCCAUCUGAUGCCUUUAAUCCUAACUUAAACCGGAUUUUCAACUCUGAUCUGUCCAUUGGUUGGCACCUCUCAUCGUCACAUGUCAGUAAGAAAGAAACCCUUUGGGGGAAAGUUUUCAGAGUGUUUGUAGCAAACACAAUUAGGAGGAAUUCUUAGAAGCAGCGGAGGUCGGCAACUGUGCCAGGAUAAUUGUUACAUUUUAAACACGAUGUCAUCCCCUGAGCAAAGUGAAAUGAGCCAGAAGGCACAUGUAGACAGGUAUGCCCAAUUUGUUUUAAAGCAGAAACCCAUUCAGCCUUACAUCUGCUCGACUCUGAGUGAUUUUCAAGAGGAGAGAGACUUUCUGGCCGACUGCAUCUUUCCUCAGCUUAAGGAACUCUGCAAUUCCUGGGGCACGUAUUUCAAAGCCGUGGACCUGAGGUGGUCAGCGUUGAAGGCCCCGCCACCCUCACCCUCCAACCUGUUCAGACAGCAUUCUUGUCUCCACUCCCAGUAUCUGAAGCUCUGUCUGGACUAUGUGAACAGCUGUUUUCCUUUCUUCAUCUGCAUGCUGGGUCAGAUGUACGGGGACUUCCUCCCUGACCAUGUGCCUCUAAUGCUCUCCAGAGUGACUGACUUGUUCAGUUUAUCCACGGUAGAACAGAACCUCUACGUUGCUGCAAAAAAUGGUUAUCCUUGGGUCCUGGAGAAUCCCAACAUCCAAGCAGCAUUUCUGAAUGAGUCUCCAUUUCAGUAUUUUUACUUUAGGACUGGAACCAUGCUGCUGAAGACUUUAGAUGAGGAAAAGGAGGGGCUGUCCUCGGGCUCUCUGCUGACUGAUGAGGAAAAAUUAAGGAUUGGAAAGCUUAAGGCCAAGAUUAUUAGCAAAGGGCUCCGUGUCCGAUUUCAUAAAGAUCUCCACGAGUUGGGGGACCUGGUUUUCAAGGACUGGUCAGUUGUGAUAGAACAACUUUACCCAGCCACUUUAAUGAUCAGAAAUAUAGACUACAAACACAACUGUGAACGUUUCUAUCAUGAAGAGUUCGUGGAGAAGUGUAAAGGUGUUAUUUCCAAGGAAUCAAACAGAACCUUUGAAAUCUUGGAAAGAUUUGCCUUCCAGGAUGUGGGAUCUGAUCGUAACAGUGCUGCAGCAGGCUCUGGGUUAGAUUUUACCCCUUUAUUUUUCAGAAUAAAUUCUCUUCCAGUUGACAAGUCUAUUUUGCUCUUGUCUGGAGAACGUGGUUGUGGGAAGUCCACUCUGAUCGCCAACUGGGUGAAUUAUUUCAAAAAGAAAUAUCCGAGCAUGUUGGUGAUCCCUCAUUUUGUGGGCACCACCUGUGAAAGCAGUGACAUCAUGUCCGUGAUGCAUUGCUUCAUCACAGAAUUGCAGUUCAAAAACUAUGGUACUCAGCUUGAAACUGAUGUUCUUAACGAAGGCUCAAAUGUCUUGGUUUUUUCACUUCUGGUGGAAGUUUUCAUUGCUUCCAUCAAUUUAAAGCCAUGUAUACUUGUCCUAGAUGGAAUUGAAGAAUUGAUUGGCAUUUAUGGGAUUUUAGGACAGAAGGCAAAAGAUUUUUCUUGGCUGCCAUGCUCGCUGCCUCCUCAUUGCAAAUUCAUCAUGAGCUCUGUCUCCUCCAGCCUGUCCUACAAGUUGCUAUGUGCUCGCCCAGAUGUGAGGACGGUGGAGUUCAUUAGCAUAGGAGACAAAGAAGUGAAACUAAACAUCUUUAGACAGCAUCUCUCCAUUCCCAACAAAGACCCCCUCCAACAGAGCCAAUCCACUUUGAGGAAAAAAACAAACCCGAAUCCUUUAAAACUCACGAUCCUAGCGAAUGAACUCAGAGAAUGUAGAAUCUACCAAGAUGAGUAUCAGUGUCUGAAGGAUUACUUGGAGGUGGUGUCUGUUCAGGAGCUCUGGGAAUUGAUUCUGAAACGCUGGAUUGAGGACUAUAGCUGGACUUUUACACCAAAAAAGGCAAAUUCAGACACGGUGGCUUUAGGAGAACGUAGGCCUUGGCCAGUAUUGACAACCUCACUGGAUGUCUGGGUGGCUGACACUCUGUGCUUUUUGAGCAUCUCACAUUGUGGAUUGGCCGAGGAUGAGAUAUUCCAGCUUUUGGACGUGCUGGGCUACAGGGAUCACUACAAAGUGACCAUGUUGCACUGGGCUGCCUUCUGCAAUGCCAGCAGACAGUGGGUCCAGGAGAAGCCCAAUGGCCUCCUGUACUUCAGGCACCAGUCCCUGCGGAGUGCUGUGGAGCACAAGCUUCUUGGCAGAGUGCUGAACAACCUGGUAAAGUCAGCAAGUGAAAAGUACUUAAAAGAAAAUCAUAUUUCGGAAUGUGCUACUGAAACUUCCAGCUUUUUGGACAACAACCCCUGUGACCAGGCUAUCAUGAAAUACACCGAAGGUGUUCUGAUAUUUGCUGCUGGAUACACGUCUCUUGCAAAAAUGAGACUUCAAGAAUGCUUAAAUAUCAGGAGAAGUUUGUUUGGUGAGAAAAAUAUCCUAGUUGGAGAAAUUAUGGAGUUUUUAGCAGAUUUACUAUCUUUUCUACUGGAAGAGAGUGAAAGAUGCCAAAGGAAGCAAGCAAUUGAAUAUUAUAAACAAGUGAUACGAAUAAAGGAAAAUGCAGGGACUUUCACCAAUUCCUCACUCGUCAGGAAGCAGCUGAGCAUUAGCCUAAGUGACACCUUGUGUAAAUUAGCAGGUCAGUUAUUCAUAAAUGACUCCGGUCAUCAAGUCAUGACUGAAGCAGUGGGCUAUUUGUACAGAUCACUUGACUUAAGGGCAACCUACCUGGGAUCUUCUCAUUCAUCAAUCCAUGGAAUCCUGCAACUUCUGAGGGAAAUUGAGCGGAUCAGGAGUAGAAUAUGUUGGCCUCAAGGCAUGAGUCAGCAAUAUUUCGAGGGUUCUAGGAAUGGCACCUCAUUAUGCGAGUACUUGCUUAAAUUAGACUACCACAGUGCUCAGAGUUCUAAUACAGUGAGCUCUGCGAUAUGCAUGAAUGCACAUAACCUACAGAGAGUUAAAAGCAUGGACUUGGCACCUCAUAUAAUUUCAGAGAAAUCAAAAUGUGCUCCUGGAAAAGGGAAAAAAGUCUCGAGACCCAUCGUUUCCAUUUCUGUUGAGGAGAAGACCCGACAGAAGACACAGGAUAAUGUGGAGCCAUGGAAUGGCCCAGGAAAAGGAGGGUCAAUGAAAAAGAAAGAUUAUUCCUCUAAGGUUUUAUCUUUGAGUAAAAUAGAUGGUGUAGUAAAGCUUUCACGGCAAAAGGUUGUCUCAGCUAAAGGUGAGGGUGGAAAAGGCCAAAUCACCACAAUUUACCGGCAUCCCUUGGCAGGAGGGUCUCUUAGCACAAAUAAUCCCUGGGAAUCCAUAUCUGAGCUCAUAUCAGAAAAGUGGCUUUUUCAUAGCCCAGAAUACAGUUCGGUUCCCCAGAAGAGUUUUUUGCAGGGAAGAUCUCCGUUUGAAACCAAAUUGUUGAAGACCUCAAAUGAUACUAAUAAAGUAUAA